CAGGGCGGGAGGGGGUGCAACCGGCGUGGGCGGGGCCGGCGGCGCAAGGGGUUAAUGUCCGUCCCGCCCCGGCCGCUCUGACUCAGUUUCACCAGAAACUAGAGGGGGAGGAGGCUGCAGAUCUUCCUCGCACCCUGAGUGGGGCGGAAGCCGGGCGGGAUCUUCGGCAGCCCCACCCCAUUCACCUGCGCAGGUAGCCCGGGCGGACAGUAGGCGGAGGCCCAGCGGGCCCGGAGCAUGUUUGGUGGCCGUCCGUUCCGUGUCCGGGUCACAAGCACCCUCGGAACCCGGAGGUCCGCACUGUGAAGGUGACCCCCGCCCUGGGGAGGAGGGCGACGGCCCCUGGGAGCACGAUGGCGGGCCGCCGCAUCUCUACGGUCUCUACGGUCGGCGUGUGGCUCCUUUGCGCGCUUGGUCUCCAGGGCACUGAGACCGCGCUGCCGUCCGCACCCCCAGAGCUCCCCGGGGGAGCCGCCUGCUUGACCCGCUUUACCAGCGGGGUGCCGGCUUUCGUGCUGGACACCGAAGCUUCGGUCAGCAACGGGGCCACCUUCCUGGGCUCCCCGACGGUGCGCCGCAGCUGGGACUGCGUGCGUGCCUGCUGCACCACCCAGAACUGCAAUCUGGCGCUGGUGGAGCUGCAGCCAGACGGCGGCGAGGACGCCAUCUCUGCCUGCUUCCUCAUGAACUGCCUGUACGAGCAGAACUUCGUGUGCAAGUUCGCUCCGAAAGACGGCUUCAUCAACUAUCUUACCCAGGAACUGUACCACUCCUACCGCGAGCUGCGGACCCGAGGCUUUGGAGGGUCCCGGAUCCCUCGAACCUGGGUGGGCAUAGACUUGAAGGUACAGCUGCAGACACCCCUGGUACUGAGAGAUGCAGACGACACAGCUUGGCACCUGCUGCAGGGUGACAAUGAUGUCAGAGUAGAGAGAAACAGCCCGGAUGAAGUGGAGCUGUGGGGACUUAAGGAAGGGACCUACCUGUUCCAACUGACCAGAACUGACUCCAACCAGCCAGAGGACACAGCUAAUCUUACCAUCACUGUGUUAACCGCCAAGCAGACAGAAGAUUAUUGCCUCGCAUCCUACAAGGUGGGCCGCUGCCGGGGUUCCUUCCCACGCUGGUACUAUGACCCCGCGCAACAGAUCUGCAAGAGUUUCACGUACGGAGGUUGCCUGGGCAAUAAGAACAAUUACCUUCGGGAAGAAGAAUGCAUGCUAGCCUGCAAGGAUGUGCAAGGAAUCUCACCUAAAAGGCACCAUCCAGUGUGCUCUGGCCGCUGCCACCCCAGCCAGUUCCGCUGCAGCAAUGGCUGCUGUAUCGAUGGCUUCCUGGAAUGUGAUGACACCCCCGACUGCCCUGAUGGCUCCGAUGAGGCCACCUGUGAAAAAUACGCCAGUGGUUUUGAUGAGCUUCAGAGUAUCCACUUCCCCAGGGACAAAGGGUACUGUGCAGAACUGCCGGACACUGGGCACUGCAAAGAAAACAUCCCACGCUGGUAUUACAACCCAUUCAGUGAACACUGUGCCCGCUUCACCUAUGGUGGUUGCUAUGGCAACAAGAACAACUUCGAGGAGGAACAACAGUGUCUUGAGUCAUGUCGUGGCAUCUCCAAGAAGGAUGUGUUUGGUCUGCGGAGGGAAAGCUCCAUUCCCAGUGGAGGCUCUGUGGAGGUGGCCAUUGCUGUACUCCUGGUCAUCUGCAUCAUAGUGGUCAUAGCCAUCCUGGGCUAUUUCUGCUUCAAGAGUAAGAGAAAGGGCUUCCGCAGUCACCACCGCCACCACCCACCUCCCACACCAGCCAGCUCCACUGUCUCCACCACGGAGGACACCGAGCACCUGGUCUAUAACCACACAACCCGGCCCCUCUGAGCCUGGGACUCCUGCCCGACUCACCAGGUCCUGCUUGCCAAGACAGAGGCUAGAACCUGGGAAAACUUGGGGACCAGACACUUCCUGCCUGCUUCCUGGGCAUACUUACUCUGUCUCAGAAGCCAGAUCUCUGAGCCUCUUGGAGGAGUCUCAGCUGCACUCAGGCCAGUUCUGGAGAAGGCCCAAGAGUCUGGGAGGAGCAGAGCAGCCUUGAGCCAGGAGUACUGUACAUAGAAGGACCUGCUUGCCCAGGAGCCGGAGGAAGUUGGUGUUUUGUGUCCUGUUCAAAGCUGCCCGUCCCCAUCCGAUGAUGCUAGGACCCGGAGUGGCAUCAGAAGCUAGAGGCUGCAACUCUGCCUUCCACAGCUGUCCUUCCACUCUCCACAGUCCAACACUGGAGGAUGUCGCUUUGUAGUUUGUGCUGUAAAUAAUUGCUUUGUGGGGACCAGGGUCAUAGCUCAGUGGUAGAGCGCGCGAACCCUGAGUUCUCUCCACAGCACCACAAAAUGACAUUAAAUUAAAAAAUAAAGUGUGUUUUUUGUUGA